AGCAGAAUACAACUGACAGUAAACCUGUGUGUGCAGUAAAGAAACGCGUACUAAAACCAUGACUAAAACAUUUUACCGUAACGUCCAUACUGACUUCGCACAUGCGCAGAUCUGCAAUUUUCGGUAACCGCUUUUUUUUACCAAGAAUUUGAAUAUAUAACAAAAUAAUAGAGAUUAUAUCAGCACAGGAAGAACAAGGGGAAAAAUAGAAAAGAUAAAAAUAUACCAAGACGACAACAUGCUGUUAAGAUGAAGUUUCUAAGAUGUAAACAUAGGGUGUGAACUAACUUAAGCGUCAUUUGGAGAUUUUAAAUCCAGUCCAUGUUUUCCGAUAUUUAUCACCGGAGCUGCUUUCAUUUCUGUAAAAUAAAACAAUUACCAUAUCAAAAUAAAACCCUCACAGUUUUUAGGGUUUGACGUUCAACGUACGUCACGUCCCGGUUUACGGCUACAUGUGCAGAUAUCGCGAGACUAUAAAUAUUAAAUUCUGUUGUUUAUAUACGCGGUAUUUAAAAAUUUUCUUUUUAAACAAAUAUAUUGUAUGUGUAUGUAUGAAAGUCUAAUAAAGCGAUGUUUAAGUGUUAGAAAUAACAUAAACAACUAAAGAUAAUGCGCAUGACAAGACAAGUUUGCGUGCACGGGCUGUGAUCAGUUAUUAUCGAUCACUGUGUGCAAGUGUGCACGUCCACUUUGGUUCAAGGUACACAUAUACGUGCCGUUCUGCAAACGUGUAAAAAAUGCGGGGCAGAUUUUGGUCACACGUUCUGUUUACUCGUCUACAAUCUGUUCCAAAUAGUUUUUCUUUGAGUCUAAGCAAAAAUUGAAAACAGCACAAACCAGGAAGUAACAGGUGGCAUUUGAUUGAUUACCCUUCACUGAUUGGUUGCCUUGUAGAGUCUCUGAUGACCAAUCAGUGCAAUUAAAAGUAGUUCACGCCCACCACUGGCUGUGAGAAUUCACAGCAUUUGAACCUGACCUUGGCAAGUGCACAGUUUCAUAGUUGUUAGAGAGUUAGUCACUUAUUUAGAUAGUUAGUUAGGUGGUUAGUUGACACAUUUUGAAGCAAUUCACAUGGUAUCAUGGUUUUGUCAAAAGGAAAGAGAUGCUUCUCAGGCAGCGAGACCGAUUUCAGCUCAUCCAGUAGCGCAGGAAGCUAUAAGACGCAUGGAAUUCUGCCCAAUUCCACAGGGAAGAAUACAUCUUCUCGUAGCCGUGGGCCGCACAUCAGGAGCCUGCCUUUGUUUAAACCUGCAGGAAGCCCCUCUUCCACUCGUGAUGCAGAGCUUUACGCCCCUUACAGGACGCCCCCCAAAGCCCCCUCUUGCACCAACAGUAGUAGCAGCUCCACAAGCAGAAGAACCACUCCUGUGCGCUACCAUUCAUGCGGAGACAAUCAUGGCAUCAAGCCGCCCAAUCCGGAGCAGUACCUUACCCCACUUCAGCAGAAAGAGGUUGCCAUACGACACCUCAAGUCCAAGCUCAGAGAAUCUGAGAACACCGUUUGUGACCGGGAGGCCGUGAUCGACGAGCUGAAGACCCAGCUGGGACGAAUGCGUGAAGACUGGAUCGAAGAGGAAUGUCACCGUGUGGAGGCUCAGCUUGCUCUCAAAGAAGCACGCAAAGAGAUCAAGCAGUUACGCCAGGUGGUGGAAACCAUGAAGAACAGCUUGAUGGAGAAGGACAAAGGCAUUCAAAAGUACUUUGUUGAUAUAAACAUCCAAAACAGGAAGCUGGAGUCUUUGCUCCACAGCAUGGAGAUGGCGCAGAACGGCUGCAACUUGCAAGACGAGCAGACUCUAGACUUCAUCUGCGAGUCUACGGAGAGAUCCGUCACAAGGAAACUGGAAUUGGAGCUGCAGGAAGAACAAGCAGUGGAGGAGAUGGCUGACAGUGAGCUGCUGAUAAACGAUGAAAUGGCCAACAGCGCAGAGAUUCUGGAGCAGGUUCUCAUGUCCACUGCUGUCGAUACUAGUCACGAUGGUGGCACCAAGAUCAUUCCCCAACCGGGACUGUCAACCCUAGAGCACAGCAUCUCAGAAAAAAGCACAGAGGAGCAUAUCUCUAGAGAGGAAAAAGAUGUUCAGACAGAUGAGAUGAUUUACACGCAUGAUCUCCAAGCCCUUCUUCUCCAACUGCUGAAGCUCCAGGGAGGUGGGCUUUCUGAUCUCUUUAUCCCUUCCCCCCAACAAUCCCAGAAAUCUGCUUCAGCACAGAUUCCAAAAAAUGAAGACCUAUCCAAAGCACAGAAUCCAUCGAAGGAGUUGUCUGAAGUACAACAUGAAAGCCAAGAAGUCAAAGACACUGACCCAAAAAUGAUCCUUACCCGUGAAAGUCCCAGUGAUUCCGGUCUGUGUUUUUCCGAGCCUGAAAUGAAUCGCCACUUUAUGGAGGAGUUGGAUUUUGACCUAAAGGAUUCCAAAAACACCAGUGGCAUGGCAGUGGUUGGAAAAAAACACUGGAGCAACAAUUUCCUGCUUGAUCUGGUUGCCGUGGCAGCACCCGUGCUUCCCACCGUAGCGUGGCUGUAUUCGCACCAUGGUUUGGUUGGAGGGGCUCCUGUGUACAACAUCGGCGCUUUGAUUCGGGGUUGUUGCAUUAUGGGAUUGCACUCGCUCCGCCAUUCGCACGGGCCAGACACUUAGUCACAUUAAAGCUUGUAUAUCAACAAGAGCACUUAAACUACAUCUCAACGUAAAGCUUGUGCUUUGUACACCUGUUAAAAUAGGCAUACACAUUGUUUACUUUUAGUUUUGACAUUCCUACUUUGCACCGUGUAUAAAUGCCUGGAGUUAAGCACAUGAAUUUAGGGAAUCUAAAGGGAUUUGUGUUUUGUUGUUUGUUAUUUAUUUACCUUAUAUUUUUGUGUGUGUAAUGUUAAUAUUUUUCAUAAUGUAAUCAUCUGGGUAGGUGGUUAUGUUGCUAAAGUCUUGUUCUUUGCUGACUGUGCUAUUCCCUGCUUUUAAUACAGUAAAAAUAGGGGUUUACUGUCAGUUAGCCAUUGUUUUGUUGUAGUUAAAAUGGCACUUGUUUUCCAAAAGAACUAAAUCCUUCUGCCAAAGCUUAAAUGUGUUCACAGUUUUGUGUUCGGUGAAAUUGUAUUCCUCGCCUUGGAGAUUUUUACAUGUUGCUCUGUUUACUAACAUUUUCCUGAAAGCAACCGCUACCACAGUAAUGCGAACACUUGUUACGUGCCUGAGCUAUGUGCAAUAUUUUUGUUUAUAUGAGAUGUAUGAAUAUAUAUUUAUUAUUAAAGCAUGAAAAACCCCUUUAA